AUGACAAGGAGAUCACCACCUUCAAAAUUGACUUUCCUUCCUUCCCACAUCCCCACACCUCCUCGAGGCGCUCCGAAAUAUUUCCUUCCAACUCUACCUGCUUCUCUGCCUACCGUCACUCGGCCGUCCCUUUCAGUCCCUCUUCCUCUCCCACAGCUAUACCAUCAAGCAUUGGAUCUAGAAGUUAUGGAACAUCCCUAUGGAGAAUACAAGGUCGCUCAGGAAGGUACGAAACCCCCCUGGGUGAGAUCAAGGGGGAUAGACUUGGCUGAGAAAGAGCUGGGAAGGGGGUUGGAGAAGCCUAGAGGGGUUGUAUUGGGAAGAUAA